CUUCUCUCUUAGCUCGCACAUCCGAAGAGAAUUUCUGCCUCUCUGUCGCCAUGGCUGGGCUCUUUGGAAGCUGUUGCUGCUGCGUGAGUGCGGCCCCCUCGAAGAAAGAGGAAGAGAAGCUUGACGACAGGACCCAAACAACACAAACGCGUGUCAAGUUCGAGGAGCAGCCUGCUGUCGCCAAGAAAGGCGUCAAGCCCAAGAAGACACGCCGCGGCACCGGCCUCUCGAGGAAGAAAGGCGAGGCAGAAGACGAGGACGAGGAAGCCGACGCGAAGGAGGGCGAGGAGGACAAUGCUGACGAGGGGAGGGGGGCCAGUGGGGAGAAGGGGGAAGACGAAGAUGACGAGGAGGAGUAUGACUCUCCAACCGCCAAGAGACUGCAGAUGCAAAGGGGGCGGAAAGGAACGGGUCAGUCUGCAAUGAAUGACAAACACGGGCGCGUCGACACAUGUGAUGUGUGACUGUCUGUCUGCCGUGUGUGCGUGCAGGUCUCCCUGACGCCGAGAUGCGGGCACGGUUGAUGGCUGAAGACGAGGAUGAAGACGACGACGAGGAGAAUGGCGAGGAGGAGGGAGAAGAUGAGAGCAAGGGCAAAUCCUGAUGGUGGAAACGCACCAUCGAACGAGCCCCGUCGACCCUUGAGUGGCUGUGCAUGACGGGUUGUGUUGCUAUUUGAUUGGACCAUCCUUUCGCGUCGAUGGAGGGUGACGGUGUGUGUUGGCUGGGGGGCGGGGGCGAGGGAGACAGAGCUUGUUGGUGCUGUCACUGCAUAAUCGGUUGACUGACGUGUACACGGAACAUCCACUUCAGAACAAGUCAGACAGGCGAACAAGAAGAAACAUCCAGAAGACACGCGCACGCAUAUCGACAUCUGCAGAUAAAUAAAAGUAACAAAA